UUUGCAGUGUCCCGCUGUGAGUCUCCUGCCGGUUCGAGCAUGGAGGAGUUGGCCAGAGAGAGCAUCAGUCUUCUGGCUUCGGCUUCGGCCAAGCCACCCCUGGACGUAGGGCCUCGGCUGGGCUCUCUGGGGGCCAUUUUCAUCAUGCUUAAGUCCGCUCUGGGCGCGGGGCUCCUCAACUUCCCCUGGGCCUUCGAGAGAGCCGGGGGGAUCCACAGCGCAGUCACCGUGGAACUGAUCUCCCUCGUGUUCCUGAUCAGUGGCCUGAUUAUCCUGGGCUUUUCCUCCUCCAUUAGUGGUCAGUGCACCUACCAGGCGGUGGUGAAGGAGGUUUGUGGGCCGGCCAUUGGCCAGCUGUGUGAGGUCUGCUUCGUCUUCAACCUCUUCAUGAUUUCUGUGGCCUUUCUGGUCAUAGUGGAUGACCAGCUGGAAAAGUUGUGCGACUCCCUGUACGAGCUGGUAGCCAAUCUUCCGGAGCCGGAGAUGCCAUACCACUUCUACACAGGUCGGCGCUUCGCCUUAGUGUUGCUCUGUUUCUUCCUCAUCCUGCCGCUGUCCCUCUCCAAGGAGAUCAGCAUUCAGAAAUACAUCAGUGUUCUGGGCACUUUGGCUGCGACCUACCUGACCACAGCCAUCAUCAUCAAAUACCAUACCAUGCCUUCUGUUCUGUUUCACAGCAGCCCUCUCCACACCAAUGGGAUCAGCUCCUGGGCCGCCAUGUUCAGUGUCAUCCCGACCAUCUGCUUUGGUUUCCAAUGUCACGAGGCGUCUAUCGCCAUCUACAGCAGCCUGGAGAACCAGCGGCUCUCUCACUGGGUCUUCAUCUCUGUGGUCUCCAUGAUCUUCUGCUUCAUCAUUUACUCCCUCACAGGGGUUUAUGGGUACCUGUCGUUUGGAAAGGAUGUGAGGCCUGACAUUUUAAUGUCAUACGCCAGCAGUGACGUCCUGAUGCUCGUCGUGAGGCUGCUGUUUGGCAUCUCUAUCAUCACCAUCUAUCCCAUCACCCUGCUGCUCGGCAGAUCAGUGAUCCAGGACCCGCUGCUGAGCUGGAGACAGAAGCGUUGUGGCGUGGUGACGGCGGGCUUUGAAAGCCGCAGCCGCUACGUGCUGACGGUCCUGUGGAUAACCGUGACGCUGCUCAUCGCUGUGUUUGUGCCAGACAUCAGCAAGGUCAUCAGCGUCAUCGGAGGGAUCAGCGCGUUUUUCAUCUUUAUCUUCCCAGGGCUCUGUUUGAUGUUUGCCAUGCAGUCAGAGCCAGUAUCCUGUAAGACCAGAGUCAUCUUCACAGUCUGGGGGGUGGUGACCCUGAUCUGCGGUGCCUUCAUAUUCGGCCAGAGCACCACCAUCGCUGUUCUGCAGCUCCUUGGAAAGAUCUGACUCCUCCAUCUCCUUUCGUGGUCCUAAACAGACGGUGGUGAAUAAAUCUGAACUCUCCUAUCCCCUGAAGAACCUGUGGUGAGUUAUGGCUCUUUAACAACAUGUGGACACGAGCCCCAAACAGUGAAGCAGCCCUUCAAAACUCGCAGGUUAAGGCAUUUAAUGGACUGAACUCAGCAAUCCUGCCUCUUUACUCAAAGUACAGGAUGUUACUUUCACUUUUAAUUUUAUUCUUUGUUGCUAUGUGAUUACCUCUGUCUGUACCUCCUGCCGUGCUGACAUCUGACUGAAAUCCUCAGGUAUUUUCUGCAGUUUGUGCAUACAGUCCUACAGCACGCUGCCCCUAUCAGUUUAAAGCUCUGAAUUAUAGAGCUUCAUACUGAUAGUUGCAGAGUCCUAUAAACCUGGCACAUAGCACCUUUUUAGUGCAAUAGUGCAACAUAAAUAAUCAAGUGACAUUAAAACUUUAAAGAUAUUAUCAUACAGUCCAAAUGGUAUGUAUUAGGGAGACAUGCCCUCUUUUUGAAUGAUAAAUCUUUUUCAUCAUUUCCUGUGUGCGUGUUACUGCUUAUAUGUGAAAUGGAAGGCCUGUUGUGGAGCCAUAAAACACUGAGAUGAUGGGGUGGCUUGAAGUUGCAACAUUUUUUGGGGAGAGAGGAUAAUUUUACAUUUCUGUACAUGAAUAUUUGUUUUUUAGAAUGUAAAUAGGUCGUUUUUUAAAUGUCUUUAAAGA